AUGUGGAUCUUAUGCUUACUAAUCCACGCUUUAGCAGACCAAAAAAGACAUGAUUAUUCCCCAAACGAAGAAGUGAUCCUUUGGUUUAAUAAAAUAGUACCGUUUAAUAACCCACAAGAAUCCUAUGCAUAUAAUAAACUGCCUCUGUGCAGAGGAGAGCGAAAAGAAAGGCUUUACUCCCUAGCAUUAGGAGAAGCUAUAGAAGGAUAUGAGCUAUAUGAUAGUGAAAUGGACAUCAAAUUUAUGAAUAAUAUACAAAUUCAGCCUUUUUGCAGUAAAAAUCUAAACCAUGAAGCUAUUACAAUAUUAGUUAAUGCAAUUAAGAGGAAUUUUUGGAUCCAAAUGUAUAUUGAUAACCUACCGUUUUGGUCUGAAAUAGGCAAAGAGGAUGAAAAUACGAAGGAUAUUUUUAUAUUUUCGCAUUAUGCUUUUAUUAUUUCAUAUAAUAAUUCCAAUAUUAUCAAAGUGCAAGUAAUGCCAGGAAAUCCUAUAAGGAUUUAUGAUAGUAAAAGAUCGAGCAGGGAUAUCACAGAUAUAAGCUUUACAUAUUCAGUAUCUUGGGUGCCAACUGAUAUUGAAUUUCGGCAUCGAUUUGACAGUUACUUAGAUCCAGGAUUUUUCGAAAAUAAUGUGCAUUGGUUUUCCAUUAUAAAUUCAUUUGUUCUGGUAAUUUUACUAUGCGGCAUAGUAAUGCUGAUUUUAUACAGGAUUUUAAAUAAAGAUAUAGAAAGAUAUGAGUCUCAAAGCGAUGAGCCAAUGGAUUUAGCUAUUUCCUCUGGCUGAAAACAAGUAGCAGGUGAUGUUUAUAGGCCUCCAGACUUACUAAUAUUUUUCACAAUUCUUUAUAGCACUGGUUGGAUGUUAGCUUGAUUGAUUGCCGAAUGCAUAAUUACAUGCAUCUUACAUCCAAUGUAUAGUGAAAGAGGAGAAUUUGCUGAGAUGAUGGUUGUUGCUUAUUCGCUUUUAGGAAUUAUAGGAGGCUUUCGAUGUGGGGAAUAUUAUUGCCGAAAUCAAGGGAAAAGAUGAAAAACGGCUAUGUUCUUUUCUGCGCUAUUAUAUCCUGCCUUUAUAGCGAUUAUAGGAUUGCUACUUAAUGCUAUUGCUGUGAUGUAUUCAUCAACGCAGGCAAUCCCUAUAGUAAGCAUGCUAGAAAUAUUGUCAUUGAUUUUAUUUGUGUAUUUGCCAUUAUUUAUAAUCGGAAGUUUAUUUGGAAGAAAAUAUAGGCUGAGGUAUCCAGCUAUCCAAAAAAUAAACUGUAUAUCAAUUCCAAUUUUAAAAGAAAAGAAAUGAUACAGUGAGCCUGCUUUUAUUUCUUUACUAGGAGGCUUGCUACCAUUUGGAAGCAUUUCAGUAGAAAUUUAUUUUAUUUUUACGUCAUUCUGGAAUUAUAAGUUUUAUUAUGUUUAUGGAUUUGCACUUGCGGGGUAUUUUUUGUUUAUUUUAUCAUUAAUUUGUGUUUCAAUAGUCGCAACUUAUAUUAUUUUGAACUCUGAAGACUAUAGGUGGCACUGGGUAAGCUUUAUAAGUUCUGGAAGUGUUGGAAUUUAUCUGUAUAUCUAUUCAAUUUAUUAUUAUUUCUUCAAAACAAGCAUGACUGGUCUUUUUCAAUUUUCAUUUUAUUUUGGAUACACUGGCUUAGCAAGUAUCACUGUGUUUUUAAUUGCUGGAGCAAUUGGACACACAGGUUCUCAAUAUUUCGUAAGAAAAAUAUACAACAAUAUAAAGUUUGAUUAG